AUGGCUGCCACGACGCACAACGAAGCUUGCCCGGCGAUGGAGACUGUCCUGAUCCUGCACUCGCUCGCCCCGCUCUCCCUCCUCGACGACCUUCGCUCAACUUUCCGCACCGUCAAGUACCACCCCAUCCAGACGCGCGACGGGUCCAUCUCGCCCACCCACCCAACAGCCGAAGACUACGCGACCGCAGACGCCAUUUUCGCGUUCUCGGUGCCGGACGAGCUGCAAAACCCGGCACAAACACCGAGGCUCAAGUUGUUCCAGGUCUGCUCGAGCGGGUACUCACAGGUCGAGCAGCAUCCGUUCUACAAGGCGGCAAAGGAGGCGGGUGGGGCUGGCAUUGCUUGGACGAACUGUGCCGGUAUUCAGACAACGACUAUCGCUGAGCACGUCAUCGGCACGGUCAUCAUGCUCCUCCACAAGAUCCAUUUCCUGUACUGGGCGCAGCGCGCCGAGCAGCGCUGGGUGUCGCCGAGAGAGAUCGGAGGCUUCAACAUCCAGGAUGUGGGCUCGCUCAAGGUGGGCGUGAUUGGGUAUGGACACAUUGGCCGCGAAGUCGCCCGCCUCUUCCACGCCUUCGGCUCGACCGUCUACGCCCUCACGCGCGAUGGCGCCCCAACGCCCGAGAAAGGCUACACCCUCCCCGGUACCGGCGACCCCUCGGGCUCACUCCCGACGAAAUACUACGCCACAUCGCCCUACUCAUCUAUCCUCUCCUUCUUUUCCGCAUGCGACGUCGUAGUCAACGUCCUCCCAGACACGCCUCGAACGCAUCGGACGAUCUCGACGGACGAGUUCAAGGCGAUGAAGGGGGAUGCGAUUUAUGUUAACAUCGGGAGGGGGACGACGACAGAUCAGGAGGUGUUGGUUGAGGCGCUGAGAGCGAAGAAGGAGGAGGGAGAGGCGGAGGAUGCGACGGGCACGCUUAGGAUCGGAGCAGCCAGUCUUGACGUCACCGACCCCGAACCGCUCCCCUCCUCCCAUCCACUCUACACCCUUCCGAACGUCAUUCUGACGCCUCACGUCUCAGGUCUGUCGAAAGACUACUGGCGCUGUGCGCUGAACGUCCUUAAGCUCAAUGCGGAGAAGCUGGGAAGGGGAGAGGAGGCGGUGAAUGUUUGGAGCGCGGCGAGGGAGGGGGUGAAGGGGCAGUAG